AUGGAGCUCCCACGCUGGCUUGUGCCACCCAAGUCCAGGUUCCAGAAAGCCAGGUGGGUUCGGCUUUCGGUGAGCGUCGGUUGCUCUGUCGCUGCUCUUUUCUUCAUCAGGGCUCUGAUGAAUAAUGACAUCUUGAUGCUACCGUCCGUCUCGUACCGAAGACCGCCAAUCCCCAACAUAGUGCAUUACACCAUGAUGAUGAGAGACGAGUUAUCCGAGUUCGAUAUCAACUUCGUAAGCUUCCUAUCCGUGUACAGCGCCCUCCGAAUGCUCAAGGCGCCCCGAAUCUACAUACAUACCGAUUUCAACGAAACCAUGAUAAGGCAGGCUCGUGAGGAAGGCUCCAAGUGGACACGCAAGCUGUUGAAUGAUUUUCCAGAGAUCAUUAUGAACCACGUGCCAGUCAUCACACACGCCAAUGGCAAAGAAAUUACUGCCGUCGAGCACCGAUCCGAUAUGGUCAGAUUCAAUCAGAUAUACGACAAGGGUGGACUUUAUUUGGACUUUGACGUUUACGCUCUACGCGAUGCACGGGUGCUCCGGGAGGCUGGUUUUAACAAUGUCGUCGGUCGGCAAGCUGACGGUGGACUGAACAACGGUUGUUUUAUGUCAAGGCCCAAGUCCGCGCUGGCAUAUAUCAUGAAGCGGGAUCAGUGGACAACAUUCGAUGGUGGUUGGCUUACACACUCCGUCGUUUUGCUCACACAAAUCUCGGAACGACUGGUGAAGUCGCCAGGUGAGGUUCUCAUCUUGGACCAACUGGCCAUGGCCCCUUGGGGGUGGGGCGACGAAGACCACAAGCGCAUGUAUCUUCCACACAAGGACACUGUGCCUCAAUUUCCUCAGGUUAAUGAUCCAACAGAAGACCCUAUGGCGAGAUGGCAGGAUCGUGUCCGAGGGAAUGAUUGGGAAUUGGACUUCAGCUCGACUUACUUCUUGCAUGCAUUCCGCCCACAUGGCGGUUCAUUACCGGGCUUUGAUGGAGUCUCUGUAAAGUACAUUCUGGAGAGGAAAUCCAAUUUUGCGUUGGCAACUUGGCACAUCGUUCAAAUUGGACUCAAAGAAGGGGUCUUUGUUGAAGAUGAUAACGAAAUAUAA